UUGGAUGGGUCGAGUGGGAUCACUGCUUGGGAAAUGAUGGAAGAGAAGAAAACGACGAAGCUAAUGGUGGACUCUGGGUUUUCAAGUGUUAUUGUAGCUGCAGAUCAAGAGGUGGAAGAGAUAAUCAAAACUACAGAGAACCGUGAGUCCGUGGAUCUGGAAGCAAGUUCGGGUCAGAUAGGCGACAAUGUGGUUCUGCGAAAGCUGCUUCGGGGUCCAAGAUAUUUUGACCCUCCAGAUAGUAGUUGGGGAGCAUGCUAUAAUUGUGGCGAGGAAGGUCAUGCUGCUGUAAACUGUACAGAAGCGAAGCGGAUGAAACCGUGCUAUGUAUGUGGUGGUUUGGGACACGUUGCAAAGCAAUGUACUAAGACGAAUUGCUAUAUCUGUAAGAAAGGUGGCCACCGUGCCAAAGAUUGUCCAGAGAAGCACAUGUCGGCACGUGUUCCUAAAAGCUUAACGGUGUGCUUGAAGUGUGGGAAUUCUGGGCAUGAUAUGUUUUCAUGCAGGAAUGAUUAUUCACCGGAUGAUCUCAAGGAGAUUCAAUGUUAUCUCUGCAAGACAUUUGGCCAUUUGUGCUGUGUCAAUACUGCUGAUGCAAUACUGGGAGAAAUUUCUUGUUACAAAUGUGGUCAGAUGGGUCAUACUGGUUUGAUCAAUAAAAGUGUUCCGAUCUCAAAGACAAGCUCGAGUACCACGUACUAAAUCCAGCAACAUUACGUGGAUAAAAGUGCAGUGUCCUCUACAGCGCAACGGUAUCGAUUGCGGAUACUUUGUAAUGAGGUUUAUGAGGGAAAUCAUUAAUAUGAAUCAAAUAGAGAUUCCAAUCACGUACUUUGAUGAAUACAAGUGUGCUCAUUACACGAGACUGCAGUUGGAACAAAUCAAGGAGGAAUUGUGUCAAUAUUUUAUUGAGAAAA